AUGCACAAACAAGAGCUCCAGUUCAAGAUCGAGGCGAUCAAGGACUUUGAGUGGUUUCGAGGAUGGUUCAUACCUAAGAAAUGGCGCGACCGCAAGCUCAUGUUCUAUAUCAUGGCAGCCGAGUUCCCCUUCUGUGUUGCCAUUCUGACCUUGACUGGUAUUGCCUCUCACAACACAUACCGCACAUUAUUAUGGCAAGAUGGAUACGAGAAUGGCUUCAACAGUUCGCCUGAUCAAUCUCUCUACGCUGCUGCCAACUACCAACCCUACACAGCUCCUCUGGUGUGGUCCUCAUUCUUGACCAACUUUAACCUCGUUAUUGGUGUCUUGAGUGUCUUCCUGUUGAUUGUGAAGCUCCCUGUUCAUUUCAUGCACUUGCUCUGGCCUCCCAUUGCUGUCUUCAUCAAUGGAGGGUGCAUUGUGGUUUACGCCUUCGCCGCUCGGUAUCAAGCUGGUCCCGAUAUGUCAGACCCAAGCCAUCCCCAGCCCGGACCACCAUGGUAUAUCGCAAAGAGCUGCACUGUCGCCUACUCUAAAAGUGAUAUCGGUUAUUGCAGACAGGCAAAGUCUCUCUUUUAUCUCUGUGUUAUCCUCAUUCUCGUCUACGUCAUUGAAUUCUGUGUCUGUCUCCGUUCCUGCUGGAUCACCUAUACCGAGCGCGAUGAAAUCCUCGAGGCCCGCGAAGAGAGACGCAUCGAGACAGAAUUCGAGGAAGAAAUCAUGAAGUCUCCCUACUACCCUACAACCCCCGGUCCUAUUCCUCGUACCCCCGGAUUCCCACCUAUGGCCGCUCAAGUACCCGGUCGUGGAGGCCCCUUGCCUCCAGGCGUUGGAGGUGUGUACCCUUACACACCGCGCCACCUAGCCUUCAACAGACUAGAUAGUCAAUCCUCCGAUCUGCCGCUGCGACACAAGAAUGGCGAAGGAUCUAGCUCCUCUUCACCGCAGGUCUCGAAUCCAUCUCCUGGUGGGUCCCAGAGCCAGAUGUAUUUCCCUCCGCCACCGAAGAAAGCGACAAACUAA